UCUCCCCACUGCUCCAGACCACUGAAGCCUUCUUUCAACAUGCCUUCCAUAGAUUUGGCCUAUACCUGAGGACAUCCUCCAAUGGAAGAACUCAGUUCACAACACAGUUCAGUCUUGAGGACAUUCAUGGAGCAUUUGUGCAUUAUUGUGAGCCUCAUGUCUGACCAUCAACCUGAGUCUCAUGGUAUAUCCAUAGUUAUUGCACAGACCUGCAGGGUCACUGGUGUUUAAUUUCUUACCUGGGCUGUGUAUGCCCAGAAUUCACUCAUUCAUACCUCAUUUAGACUCACACCAUUCCAGUGCUACCAACCACCAUUCAUCCCCUGUAACUGACACAAUGACUGGUACCAGCAGUCGAUGAAAAGUUCACACACAGUGGGGAGCUAUGGGAAUAUGCAUACAUUCACUUAGAGAGGGCUCUCAGAUGGCAGAAGACACAAGGUAAUCGCCAGGGAGGCUCCUGAAGACAACCUUCAGCUGAGAAUUCUGUCCAAGAAACCAUCACCCUGCUACCCUGGACCAUUCAAUCUUCCAUAUCAACUGCGUGAACUAUAGACUUCAGCUUCUUAUUAUGUUGGCAUCUGUCAUUUAGUUUUGCUUGAAACAUACAACUGUGUGUCAACAGCAUAACAGUGGAAGCUAGUACUAUGUUUAAAAAUAAUUACACCCAGAGGUAGCACAUAUGGGGGGAAAUCAGUGGCAGUGGUCAGAAAAGAACAUUGUGGAACACCAAACUUCACCUUUGUAUGCACUGACAAAUCCCCAUUAACAUCAGUCAGAUCAGACCUGAUCCAGAAAAGAGCUGUUCCCUUAACUUAAAAAAAAGUUAUCUAGUCUAUCGAGAACAAUAUUGUGACUUACAGUAUCAAAAGCUGCAUUAAGAUAAAGUAAAAGUUGGGCAAAGAGGUGUAAGAGAUCUUAAGUCAGGUUUUAACUGAUGUUGUGAUAACUGCUGCUUUAAAAUAUAUUGCUAAACCCAAGGGGUUGUUUAUUAUAACCAAUAGAAACUUUAUUUUACCACAAAUUUUUUCAGACUCCGGCCAUUGCAUGGCACAUAAAUAAUCAAACUGUGGUUCACUCUAUAUUUAUGCAUUAUUUGUUAAAUUAUGUUUAAAUCUGUUUUAAACACUAUAUAUAUUAUGUAUUAUUUAUUAAAUUAUGUUUAAAUCUAUGCUUUAAACACUCAAACACAAACACACAGAGCUCCAGAGAGCUCUCUCUCACUCUCUCUCACUCUCUCUCUCUAUCCAUCUGCUUGGAAUAGGCUGUUUACUACAUUCUGUGUGUGUGUGUGUGUGUGUGUGUGUGUGUGUGUGUGUGAGAGAGAGAGAGAGAGAGAGAGAGAGAGAGAGAGCACUGAGAGGAAUAAUUUUGCAUGAGUUUUAUUACGAUGAAAGCAAUUAUUAAAGUAGCUUUUAGCCAUCUCAAUGAGACAAGCUCACAAGCCUCCCAGAGCCUAAUAAUAAGUAGGCAAAAAAAAAAAAAAUUAUUUGGGUGUGGUUAGAUCUAAUUUUAUUGCUUGGACCAAUUAACGAAUUCAUAAAUCUUUUAAAAAUCAAACCAGCCAUAUAUGAGCCUAAUUACAAUCCUUUAUGCUACAACUUUUAUAACAGAAUGUUCUUUCUCCAUUUAAUUUCAAAUUAAAUUAGACAUGACACUUUUUCCAUUCUAUAUUUUGAUGCAUAACUAUAGCUAGCAUUAGACUGGUAUGUUUUAUCACAAGCGGUUAAGAAAAAUGUAUGAAGUAAAUUCUGAUAAAAAUAGGGGGAAACAAACCUCUGGCACAUGGUCAAAGCACGCACGCUCCCUGGAAGUGUUUCAACUGCGUAAGUCAGUGCUAUCUUGGGUGGGACUGCUUUAAUACAAACGUAUAAAAAGAGAGCUAGUGGACAAACGAGUUAAGAUCGACAGGACACAUCGACCAAACAUGAGUCUCUCCGAAAACGACAAGCAAAUGGUGAAGACCCUGUGGGCAAAGAUCUCCCCCGCUGCUGAUCAGCUCGGGUGUGAGGCCCUCUCCCGGUUAGCCACUUUCUACACUUUCAUCUUCCACCUUCAUCUUCAUCCACACCUGCUCAUUGAUGUGUUGUUUCUUGGUCUUGCAAAUGAACUCCCCCCUUUUCACUGUUAUUGCAGAAUGUUCCUGGUAUUUCCCCAGACCAAGACCUACUUUGCGCAUUGGCCAGACCUGAGCCUGGGCUCCGAUUCAGUGAAGAAGCAUGGGAAGAAGGUCAUGGAUAGUGUUGGAGAGGCCGUCAAUAAUAUCGAUAACCUUUUUGGUGGUCUGAGCAGCCUCAGUGAGCUUCACGCAUUUCAGCUUAGAAUAGAUCCCACUAACUUCAAGAUCCUGUCCCACAACAUCCUUGUGGUGAUCGCCAAUCGCUUCCCGGAUGAUUUCAGUGUUGAGGCGCACCUGUCUCUGGAGAAGUUCUUCGCCAGGGUGGCGCUCGCCAUGUCUGAUAAAUAUCGUUAAAAUAUGAGCAGCAUUUACCCAAUUUACAUGCAUUAUGCUGUGGAGUGAUAGCUCAUUGUGGUGAAUAAUAAAGCUAAUCUGGGGAAAUUAAUGUGUGCUUGUUUUUUCCCACUGUUUUAAAUGUGUAAAUGUAGUAUGGAUAUCUACAGUAGUUUUGUUCAUUUUUGAAGGAUUAAUAAGUUUAAUUCUUGACUAAAUGUGCCUAUGAUGAUUUGCAGUUACACUGCAGAUUCCCAUAUACCUGCCGUAAAGAUAAGCUUUAAAGAAAGAGGGAAUUAAGGUAAAGUGAAUUUUCCUGUAUUCUCUAAAAGGGUAUAAGAACUGUACAUUUCUUUGUGUUUUUAAGGGUUUUACCCUCGACAGGGUAGUACUACAGCUUUUUUUAGUUUAUUUUACUCAGAAAGGUGCAUGUUGUGUACCUUUAAACUAAUUUACCUUAAAUCUAUUUUAUAUCCACGUUUCCAGAUGAAAGAUACAGCACUUAUUAAAGGUACAAAAGACAUGAAGGUUCUAC